AUGGCUAUUGAAGCCACACCGCCAGAAAUCACGGUCGCGGGCGAGACCAUCCCGACGAAGGAUGGCGCGGUCUUCAUCUCCAAACCGUACCGCUCGCGCUCCUCCAAGAAGCUCAAGGCUGCAGUGGCAUUUGUACCACGACGUAGUCACUUCGACAUUCAGAACACCGAAAGCAGCGCGAACCAGUUCCGCGGAUUCUUCACGCUCUUCUGGAUAUCGAUCUUCCUCUUCAUCGUACGCAGCUAUGUGUACAGCGUCAUGGAGUAUGGCGCACCCCUCAACUUCGAGUUCGCCACCAUGUUCUCGCGCGACGCGUUGACACUGGCGCUCUCCGACGGCGUACUGGUCCUUUCGACUGGACUAUGCGUCCCCUUCGCUAAGCUCAUCCGCGGAGGCUGGAUACGGUACCACUGGACAGGCGUAGCAUUGCAACAUAUCAUGCAAACCACCAUCUUGGGCAUUGCGGUUACAUGGACUUUUAAUCGACAAUGGCCCUGGGUACAAUCCGGCUUCCUCGUCCUCCACACCCUCGUCAUGAUAAUGAAGAUGCACUCAUAUAUCGCCAUCAACGGCUCGCUCUCGAUCGUCAAGCAACAUCGUGACAAGGUUGAGAAGGCCCUCCGGAAGGAGACCGAGCGCGUAGGCGGAUACGGUCCUGCGUUGGAGGAAGCACGCGCACACCGCCGUGCGCUUGACGCGAAGAACGACAUGGGCUCAGCCGCUACCAGUGGGACCGAGAGCGGCGGCAGCAACUUCCCUAGCCCUCGAGCAGGAAGCCCGGUGCAGAUUGGCACGCCGGACCUAUCGUCUCAACUACCCGCGGACUCUCAACAAAGCUACAUGGACGCGCCCGCCGCCCAGGCUCUGCGUAAUCGACUUGUAAACGCUGGCGCACCCGCACUCCUCGCAACACCUAACAACAUUGGCAAGCUACCCGCAACAAACGGCAAAGCGAACCACGCGAGUGAAGGGAGGGACGAGUCGCCAGCGGAAGGAGAAGUCGGCGGCGCACCGCGGCCGCAUCCGCUAGUGGACCACCCGGAUGCGCGGAUAUCGAGCUUCGCGCAGGAGUUGACUGAGCUCGACGGAGAGCUCGUCAGUUCGGGCCCGAAGUAUGUGCGGUGGCCGGAUAAUAUCAGCACGAAGGACUUCGCUGUGUACAUGCUCAUCCCGACGCUUGUCUACGAGCUGGAGUACCCCCGGACGAACAAGAUACGACCAUUGUAUGUGUUCGAGAAGACCGUAGCGACGUUCGGGACAUUCGCACUGCUAUACAGUGUCACAGAGACGUACAUCCUCCCGCACUCGGGAGUUCAACAGAGCUUCGCGUUGAGCAUGCUCGACCUCGCCCUGCCAUUCAUGGUCGCCUACCUCCUACUAUUCUUCAUCAUCUUUGAGUGCAUCUGCAACGCCUUCGCCGAGCUAUCAUACUUCGCCGACCGCGGCUUCUACGAAGACUGGUGGAACAGCACAUCUCAAGACGAGUUCUCGCGCAAGUGGAACAAGCCCGUGCACAACUUCCUGUUGCGACAUGUCUACGCGCCGCUCAUCGAGACCGUGGGCAUGUCGAGGACAGGCGCGAUGUUCUGCACUUUCUUACUCAGCGCCUGCGCGCAUGAGCUGGUCAUGGCUGUGGUGUCAAAGAAGAUCCGGAUGUAUCUCUUCACUCUACAGCUCGCACAGAUCCCUAUGAUCGCCGUCGGCCGCAUCCCGGCUGUACGACGUAACAAGCUCGCUGGAAACUUGUUCUUCUGGAUUGGGUUGUUCGCUGGAUUCCCUUUGCUCUUACACCAGGGCCUGGAGGAUAAAGGUGAUGCUAUAGAUGGAGAGCUGCCUCUCACGAUCUACAGAACGCGACAUGGACCGGUCGUCUUGGAGCUGAAGGAAACCUUUCAUAAACACCAAACUCCUGAUGCAUCGCGCCAUGCUGCGCCAUUCUCACCACCUGACAUCGAUAUCAUCACAGAACACCUCUUUCAUACAGUCGAGCCGAUCGACGCGGCCAAAGUUGGCGAAUCCACUUGGACGACAACAUCCGCCGCUUCUUGA